CUUGUGGCUUCGAGCUUUUCCCGGAGACCCAUCCAGUAUAUCGUAUUCAUUAUUGGAGUUCCAGGAUUUCAAGACGAAGGACAGAAGGAUUGAGUGACCCAGUGGGCUGGUUGGUGUGCGGGGAGAGCAGCAGCUAUGGGUGAAAUGGAGGGCUCCUACAGGGCCAUACAGACCCCUGGCACCCGGCUGGGGGCCCAGUUCAAUGCUGGGAUCAGUACCUUGGAGCCGGGCCAGAGCCUCAGUGAUGCCUUGGGCCCCGGGGGUAGGAGCCCAGGCAGGGGACUACAGCUCAGGGUCCAGGGCCUGGACGACUCCCAGGAGUUUUACGACUUGGAGUCCAGAGCUGACGGACAGACUCUUCUCUCUGAUGUGUUCCGGAGGAGCAACCUAAUGGAGAGUGAUUACUUUGGCCUAGAGUUCCAGAACAUGCAGAUGAGCUGGGUUUGGUUGGAACCCACAAAGCUUGUUGUGAAACAAGUGAAGAGACCCAUGAACACUCUCUUCAGGCUGUCCGUGAAGUUCUUUCCCCCUGACCCUGGUCAGCUGCAGGAAGAGUACACUAGGUACCUGUUCUCCCUGCAGAUGAAGCGAGACCUGCUAGAGGGCAGGUUGAGCUGUACAGAAAACACCGCUUCCCUGCUGGCCUCACAUCUCCUUCAAUCGGAGAUAGGGGACUAUGACGACCUGGCGGACAGGGACUUCCUGAAGCUGAACAAGCUGCUGCCCAAUCAGGAGAGGAUACAGGAGAGGAUCAUGGAACUGCACUACAGACACCUCGGGCAGACUCCAGCCGACUCAGACUUUCAGGUUCUGGAGAUCGCCCGUAAACUGGAGAUGUACGGCGUCCGUUUCCACCCAGCAGCCGACCGCGAGGGAACGAAGAUCAACCUGGCCGUGGCUCACAUAGGCCUGCAGGUCUUCCAGGGUAACACCAAAAUAAACACCUUCAAUUGGUCCAAGAUCCGAAAACUGAGCUUCAAGAGGAAACGCUUCCUGAUCAAGCUAUACCCAGAGGUUCAUGGGCCUCAUCAGGAUACCCUGGAGUUUCAGAUGGUCAGUCGGGACCAGUGCAAGAUCUUCUGGAAGAAUUGUGUGGAACAUCACUCGUUCUUCCGCCUCUUGGAUCAGCCGCAGCCCAAGUCCAAAGCCAUUCUCUUUAGUAGGGGAUCGUCGUUCAGAUACAGUGGGAGGACCCAGAAGCAACUAGUGGAAUAUGUGAAGGACAGCGGCGCAAGGAGGACACCAUAUCAGAGGAGGAACAGUAAGGUGAGGAUGUCGGCUCGCUCCCUGGCCCCUGAUGUGCCAAAACAGAUGUUCUCGUUCAAUGACAGCCUGCGGGCGCCAGGUUCCCCAUCCUCUGGGAUCGGGUCCUUCCACUCCAUACAAGUCUCCAGCUCCCCCCCACGUCCGGAGCCCCAGGCCCAGUCUCCACAGCCUCCUGCCCAGAGCCAGGCCCAGUAUACACAGAGACAGGCCCAGUCUACACAGCCUCCUCCCCAGAGACAGGCCCAGUCUACACAGCUUCCUCCCCAGCAGCAACAGACCCAGCUCCUGCCCCCACAGCUGGCCAGGCCCUCCAGCCCCCCAGCGAAGGAGGACCCCCACAAGGCCACCGACAUCCCCCCAUGUCACCACGCCUUCUCACAAGGUGCCCCAAGUUCCCCGGCGGCAGGAGACUGCAACCCCUCGUCUGUGUGUGUAGAGAGUAGAGCUUCCCAUCCGCAGCAGCAGCCCUCCCAAAAUGGCAAUGAGGAUAGUGAGCAGGGGUCCUCUAUGGACAGCCCCCAGCUCUCCCCGUUCAACUCCAAGAGCUCUCCCCUCUGCCUGUCCCCCUCCUUCCAGAUGUCUACGCUGAGUCUCCCGGGGGCAGGCCAGGCCCCCUCGCCCCUACAGAGCCCCAUCCUGAGUGAGGUGGGCACCAACAGGCUAGAGGAGGAGGAGGAGGGCAGGAGGAAGCGAUAUCCCACCGACAAGGCCUACUUCAUUGCCAAAGAGAUUCUAACCACAGAGAGGACCUACCUGAAAGACCUAGAAGUCAUCACAGUGUGGUUCCGCAGCGCGGUGAUCAAAGAGAACGCCAUGCCAGAGGGGCUGAUGACCCUGCUGUUCUCCAACAUCGACCCCAUUUACGAGUUCCACCGGGGGUUCCUCAAGGAGAUCGACCAGAGACUGGCUUUAUGGGAGGGGCGCUCUAACGCUCAUGUGAAGGGAGACUACCAGAGGAUUGGAGACGUCAUGCUGAGGAACAUGUGUGCUCUCAAGGAGUUCACCAACUACCUGCAGAAACAUGACGAGGUGCUGACCGAGCUGGAGAAGGCCACCAAGCGCCUGAAGAAGCUGGAGACGGUGUAUAAGGAGUUUGAGCUUCAGAAGGUGUGUUACCUGCCUCUCAACACGUUCCUGCUGAAGCCCAUCCAGCGCCUCAUGCACUACAAACUGAUCCUAGAGAGACUGUGUAAACACUACAGCCCAGACCACCCCGACCACAACAACUGCAGAGAGGCCCUGAAGGAGGUGGCAGAGAUGACCAAUCAGCUCCAGAGUAGUUUGAUCCGUCUGGAGAACUUCCAGAAGCUGUCUGAGCUCCAGAGAGACCUGAUCGGCAUCGAGAACCUCACUGCGCCCGGCAGGGAGUUCAUUCGAGAGGGUUGUCUGUACAAGCUGACCAAAAAAGGGCUGCAGCAAAGGAUGUUUUUCCUGUUCUCUGACCAGCUCCUGUACACGAGUAAAGGUGUGACGGCCACCAACCAGUUCAAGGUCCAUGGCCAGCUGCCUCUGCACGGCAUGAUCCUCAUAGUUUUGGAGGCCCCGGUGGAAGAGAGUGAGAAUGAGUGGUCUGUUCCUCACUGCUUCACCAUCUACUCUGCCCAGAGGACCAUUGUGGUGGCAGCCAGCUCGAAGGUGGAGAUGGGGAAAUGGAUAGAGGACCUCAACAUGGCAAUUGAGAUGACCAAGAAAUCUCAGGAGAAAUCAGACCUGUUCCUGGACCCAGGCCUGUGUGAUCGCUCCAACAGGUCGUCGGAUGAGGUUUCUCUGGAUCAGGAGUCAGAGGAUGACAUGUCGUCGUCCCGUAACUCUCUGGAUAAGCAGACCCAUCACCGUGCCAACAGCACCAUGCAUGUCUGCUGGCAUCGCAACACCAGCGUGUCCAUGUCAGAUCACAGCCUGGCUGUGGAGAACCAGCUCUCAGGUUACCUCCUAAGGAAAUUCAAGAACAGCAACGGCUGGCAGAAGCUCUGGGUGGUCUUCACCAACUUCUGUCUGUUCUUUUACAAGACUCACCAGGAUGAUUUCCCGCUGGCCAGCCUCCCGUUGCUAGGUUACACCGUGAGCAGCCCGGGAGAGUCGGACAGCAUCCACAAGGAAUACGUCUUCAAACUGCACUUCAAGUCCCACGUCUAUUUCUUCCGGGCGGAGAGCGAGUAUACAUUCGAGAGAUGGAUGGAGGUGAUUAAGAGUGCGGCCAGUGCUACUGGCAGGAUGAGUCUCCUCAUACCUAAAGGUCCCCUGCAGAUGAAUGGGAACUAACUGCGCUCUUUGAUCUGAUCUACUGCGUCUUAGAAGCUUCUAUCUAAUCUGAGUCCCAAAUGGCACCCAAGGGUCAGUCCUAGAGAGUAAAGGGCUGGGCCCAAUAGACUCUGAGACAAUACUGUAUAAUACCAUCCCUCUCUCUCCCUCUCUACGGUUCUCAUUGGCAUCAUGUUAAAGUGGCACUCAUGUCUUGGAUUUAUUUGGCAGAUAAGGGCUCAGUGAGUGACUGGAAGUUAUUAUAUAUAUAUAUAUAUAUUUCAUUCUUUCCUUCUGGAAUGGUCAACCAUUGUUACGUGAGAAUCUGUUGAAACAAUGUAUCAGCAGGGAACAGAGUAACAUUCUAAAUCCAGUAAUUGGAUACGUGGUUCAAGAGAGAAGGAUAUACCAGUGCUAUCAUGAUCAACAAGGAUACUCGAGGACAUCCUGUCAAGGAUGAGUGUACACACUCAGCCAGCUGAGAAAGGGAACUAAAGCGAGACGCAUGACCUUCUCAUGGCAGCCAGUGUAAAACAACUACAUCACAAAACAUAGGAUUGGUUUCCCAAACUCGGAUUAAGUCUAGUCCUGGCCUAAAAAAAGCUUUUUUUUAAAUGGAAAAUCACCUUUUUGAAAGUGUUUUUUUACUCCAGAACUAGACUUAAUCUGUGUCCAGAACUAGACUUAAUCUGUGUCCAGAACUAGACUUAAUCUGUGUCCAGAACUAGACUUAAUCUGUGUCCAGAACUAGACUUCAUCUGUGUCCAGAACUAGACUUCAUCUGUGUCCAGAACUAGACUUCAUCUGUGUCCAGAACUAGACUUCAUCUGUGUCCAGAACUAGACUUCAUCUGUGUCCAGAACUAGACUUCAUCUGUGUCCAGAACUAGACUUCAUCUGUAUCUGGAAAACCGUUUUAUAGCGAUUUAUCGAUCAGGUUUUGUUCUAGAGAAGUUUAUACAGCGUUAGUCUAAAGACUGUUGUUUCCUUUUAGCCAGUGAAAGCAUUCUGCGGACGGUCGUUGUCGAGUCUGUAUCGUGUCUGUCUACACGAAGAUACAGGUGUCGAAAGGGAACUGGUAGGUGGAGGAAGGCAGUGAUGAUAUUACGGAGGUGCAGAGCUUGUAGGAUUUAUUUGACUAGGGACUGUGGAAGGGUAACUAGCUGGAGAACAACCUCAGAUACUCUUUCUUUAUACCACGUUUAAAAUAGCUGGACUUGAGGUAGCUCUGGUCCAGGGUGUUGUUUCUUCCACUAAGGAAUUAGUGGAGGAAUUAAUGCCCUGGACCAGAGCUCUGGUACAGCAAGAGAGGUAGGGAGGUACCCAGUGAAUGUCCUUUUUUUUUGUUCAUUGAUAAAAGGCAGAUGGUAUUGUAUGUUGAAAUGAGUUAGGAACACAAGCAGUCAAAUCUCCUUUUUUUUAGGGUAACUUCUGUAAUAGACUUGGGAGGCAUUAUUCCGUUCUUUUGAGAAUUUCGUAGUUCUCAUUUGUUCUGUUGUCACACUGAGGUAUUAAUGGCCAUGGAGUUAAAUCAAAAAAUGGAGUGUAAAACACACAAUUCUGUAAGGUACGUUUUCCAUUGAAGUGUUUCAAGGGGUCUAUAUUCAUGUUAAUAAAUGUACAAGUACUUUGUUGGUCCCCGAGAGAGAAAAAAAAAACUUUUAUUAAUUACGUUUUCCUGUACUAUCAAUAUGUAGUUCGAUUUUAUUUUUCAUACAUUGACAAUUGUCCAACCUAAUUCUGGCCUAAUUCAUAACCUCAAAUGUUGUUAAAGUCCAAUCUACUUAAAGCAUUUAAUUGUGUUGUGUUAUUGACUUGUUAUUAGUCAGUGUUGGCCAGUUCUACUGUUUUGUCUGAUUUCCUAGUUUUUACGACAGCAGGAAGUCGGGAAGGAAGGUGCUACGUUUGAUUCAUGUUUUGUUUGGCUUGCUGGGCUUGUAUAGUUACUACCAUGUGUUCUGGAUUAUAGUUAGUUUAGUGUUUUUUUUGUUGUUCAUUUAACAUAGGGAUGACGAUGACCUCGUAAAAUUAAUAUGCAGCGUUAUAAUCCUAAUAUCUAUAGUAUUUUUUUUUUUUUAAGUUACUGAUUCCAUUCUAAUAUGUCAUUAAGGCUGAAGAGCUUGGAUCGGUCCCAAAUGGGAUCCUAUUCCCUAUGGGCCCUGGUCAAAAGUAGUGCACUUUUUUUAAAGGGAAUCAAGGUGCCAUUUGGGACUCCUUCCACGUUAGAAGAUCUGUCGUGGUCUAACUGUCUUGCUGUAUGUAGUGGGCCUUGUGAGUAUUGUGUUUUUAAUAUGUGACUACAGGAGAUCAGGAUGUGUAUAUUCUCUAAGUGUCUCGGUGUAGAGCUGAUUUAGGAUGAGUUUUUUUUUUUUGGUGUGUGUGUGUGUCCCCCCUUGUAAAUCGUAUGCAUAAGAGGGGAGACCUUCUCCUAGAUGAGCACUCCUACUUUAAGACGCUAGAUGCAUCCGGGCCCCUGUCCGUUCGUCAUCAGAAAGCCCCCCUUUCCCCCGUUACUGUCUUCACAUCAUGGUGUUGUCUUUUGGUCUCCGGAGUGAUUAGGGGCCAGCGAGGUGUAAGUCCUGUCAUCUUCCCACGUUGGACUGGAAUGAAUCACAAUGUUUAGGGCGCACCUCUAUCUCAUCCCUGUGUGUGUGUCCCAAAUGGCGCUCUAUUCCUUAUAUAGUGCACUACUCUUGACCAGGACCCAUAGGGAAUAGGGUGCCAUUUUGAGAUGCAACCAAGGCCUCACUGCCCCCUUUCCCAGUUCAUCUCUCUGUGUUCAGGUGUGCUAACCAACCAAGGCCUCACUGGCCCCCUGUCUGCUGUUCCCGUCGGAUGUUCUUCCUAUUUAUUGUGUAGCAGCAUGUCAUUGGAGCCCUUCUUGUUCCUGUAUGUUCUGCUUCUUGCUCCUGUUAUUAUUGCAUUGAUAACAAAUAAAGUUGAACAGAUGCAAAACAACA